AUGGCCGCGAAAUCCGAUGGUGCCGCCGUCUCUCUACGUAACGAAAUCCCACCCGAGUGCCCUUCCAGGUCGGACCAGCGGCCUCCCCAGCGGCGUCCAGCCGAGCAGCGCUACUCCCUCCCGGACUGCUGCUGGACGCUGUGCGCCCUUCUGGUCUUCUUUUCGGACGGGGCCUCAGACCUGUGGCUGGCCGCGGAUUACUACCUAAGGAGGGACUACUGGUUCUUUGCGCUCACUCUGGUCUUUGUGAUCGUCCCAUCCGUGGUCGUCCAGGUGUUAAGUUUUCGAUGGUUCGCCUACGAUUUCUCGGACAGCGUGGAGAGCGGCACGGCGGCGGCCGCCGUGGUGGCAGCGUCGGGAGCGGAAGAAAGCGACUUCAGCACCAAGGACAGCGCCGAGCGGGGCACUGGUCGCUCCGCCGCGGCCGGGGUGCUGCCGAGGCCGGGCACCGGGGGUGGAGCCCGCGGCUGCUGCAGAGCCUUCAUGUGGCUCUUCCAGGCCAUAAUUCAUAUUUUCCAGCUGGCUCAGGUCUGGAGGUAUGUUCACGCCUUGUAUUUGGGCGUGCAGAGCCGCUGGCAUGGGGAUCAGCAGAGGCGUCACUUCUACUGGCGCAUGAUGUUUGAGAGCGCCGAUAUCAGCAUGCUGCGUCUGCUGGAGUCCUUCCUGAAGAGCGCCCCUCAGCUGGUGUUGCAGCUCAGCAUCAUGAUCUAUGCCGGCCAGGUGCUGCCUCUUCAGGGGCUUUCAGCUUCUGCCUCGCUGAUAUCCCUCGCCUGGAUGAUCGCCUCCUAUCAGAAAGUCCUGAGGGACUCCCGAGAUGAUAAGCUACCCAUGACCUACAAUGCCGUCAUUGUUCAAAUCCUGUGGCACCUGUUCACCAUUGGGGCCCGCACUAUGGCCUUCGCACUCUUUGCCUCGGUGUUCCAGCUUUACUUUGGCAUCUUUAUUGUGGCUCACUGGUGCAUCAUGACAUUUUGGAUAAUCCAAGGUGAAACUGACUUCUGCAUGUCCAAAUGGGAGGAAAUCAUCUAUAACAUGAUGGUGGGCAUUGUGUAUGUCUUCUGCUGGUUCAGUGUUAGAGAGGGGCGCACAUGCUGCAGGAUGCUCAUCUACAGCCUGACUGUGUUCAUUGAAAAUGUAGCGCUGACUACUGCCUGGUACCUCUACCGAGGUCCGCGUACCUCAGACUUCUAUGCUGUCAUCAUGGUAUGCGUGGUGGCCAGCAGCUACGCACUCGGCACCUUCUUCAUGUUUGUGUAUUACUGUCUGCUGCACCCCGAUGGCCCAGUCUCAGGGUGGGGUUAUAUAGUGGAGAAGGAGGGCCCAGUAGACUCACUGGCCUCCCCAGUUUCAAGUGUCCCCCCUGAUCUAGUAAGUAGCCCACCCAGAACUCUUCAGAGAACUAAAGGGGUUGAUAGGGAGCAGGGGGCUGGAGUAGAUGGGGAUGUGUUUCAGGUACGACCUGCACGGGGUGCUCAGCCCCCAGCUCCUCACCUCACUCCCAGGACAGAGGGACCUGUAAUCCGAAUAGACCUGCCACGAAAAAAGUAUCCUGCCUGGGAUGCUCACUUCAUUGAUCGUCGGCUGCGGAAAACAAUCUUGGUGCUUGAAAGUGCUGCCCCGGUGACUCCGAGGAUUCAGUACCGCUGUCUGGGCACAACCAAAGAAGUGAUGGAGUACGAGACCACCGUGUGAGUCAGCUUGGUGUCGUGUGGACACGUGGACGACGUCCACUGAGCAGGUUCAGCACCACACCUGCUGCGCUAGAGGAAAACAGGAACCAGAACAGCGGAGUGGAGUGCAGUGUCUUUCUUUGAUUUGUUUUUGCGAUGUGGCUACAGGUAUGAGUUGUAUCUCAAAUAGUAAUGGUUACAGGUACGAGCCAUUGCCACACAAUGGCGUUCUGACACUCUGGGCAUCUACAACACAACCAAUAGUAUU